UGUUUAUCAUUGCCAGUGAAGAGGAGGAUCAUUAGAGGUUUGAAGCCAUGGCCGAUCCUGCAGGAGAAGAACCUGCCUCCAAAUCUGGAGAACUUUGCCACGAAUGUGGACAAAUUCACUUGCUGCCCGACAACCAUCUUUAUAACUUUCAAGACGACGUAGAUGAUGACUUGACUUGUCACAUUUGCCUCCAGCCUUUGCUGCAGCCCAUGGACACCCCUUGUGGACACACGUAUUGUUUCAGAUGCCUUGAAAACUUCAUGCAGGAGUACAGCUUCUGUCCCAUGGAUCGGAAGAAGCUCUCCUUCCAGAACUGCCGGAAGUCCAGCUUGUUGGUGCGGAAUCUGCUGGAUAAGCUCCUUGUCCUUUGUCCCUUCCAAGAAGACUGUGCACUGACGAUGCAGCGAUGUGAACUUGAAGCUCACUUGCAGAACAGGUGUCCUGGCUUCAAGAAGUACACCGAGCGCCUGGAAAGGAAGAGGAAUCCUCGGUCCAGGAUGAAAGGAGAUUCUCUUUCCAGGCUGGAAGCAAAGGCUGUAAAAGACCCUGAAGUAUCAAACGGAGGGUCCUCUUCAGUGACUGGAGGCUCAGGAGCUGCCGUUGUGUUGCCAGAGGUCCCAGAUCCUGGACUGGUUAACCCAGCCUUUGAUGGGAGUGAAGAAGAAUUCCCUCAGAGAGCGAGUCUUCUGGCAGAGACAAACACCGUUGAGAUCCACCGAGACGACCCCGAGGAAGAGCUUGGCAUGCGCAUAGUUGGGGGCAAAGACACUCCUCUCGGGAACAUCGUGGUGCAGGAGAUAUUUCAGGAUUCUGUGGUGGCUGCCGAUGGAAAACUCGCGCCUGGAGACCACAUCCUAGAGGUGAAUGGUGUGAACGUCAGCAGCGUGACCCACUGCCAAGCCAUCUCACUCUUGCGUCAACCCUGUGACCAGCUCCAUUUCCUUGUGCUCCAAGAAAAGGGCUUCAGCAACCGGACGGCUCCCCCAGUUGUGAACCAGGAAGUGGUCCAUGUUAUCCUGGUCAAAAGGGACCAAUGCGAACCCCUCGGCAUUAAACUGAUCAGGAAAACAGACGAGCCCGGGAUCUUCAUUCUGGACCUGUUAGAUGGAGGGCUGGCAGCCAAGAAUGGGAAGCUGCGCCAGGACGAUAAAGUCCUUUCUAUAAACGGCCAGGAUCUGCGCCAAGGGACGCCUGAAGUGGCUGCGCAGAUAAUCCAG